UUUUUUUUUUUUUUUGGCAUUUCAGAGUUACAUGCAGAAUCUCCAUCUGGCGAAAACAAAGAAUCCACAUCACACACUCCACACGAUGCUGAACCUUCAUUAGAGUUAACAACAGAGGAAUCAAGACCUGCAAACCAAGAGCCAGAGUUGCCACCUGAAACUCAACCCGUGCCUACAUCAGUCUCCACACCCGAAUCAAUCACUGAGACAACAGAACUCCCCGAAGAACCCUCAGUAGAGUCCAAAGAAGAAAAAGAAGCCAAAAAGAAGAAACCAAAGCUUCUUAACAAAUUUGACAAAACGAUCAAAUCUGAGAUCAACGCUGCAGAGAAAUUACGCAAGAAGGGGAAAAUUGAGGAAUCUCUCCAAGCUUUUGAAGCUCUUGUCCAGAAAUUCCCACAAAGUCCGAGAUGCCGAUAUGGCAAAGCCCAGGCAGAAGAUGAUUUGGCUGAGAAAAUGCGCAGUAAUGAGAUGCUUCUGAAGGCAGUGAACACAUACAGAGAAGUAGCCGAGCUCCCAGACGUACCGCCUGACCUCACCAAAGCAACAUUAAAGAGACGUGCAGACAGACAGCAGUUCUUAGGUCGUACAAGGGGAUCUUUGGCUACUUUGGAGAAGCUAGUUGAGAUUUUCCCAGAAGACGUCAGCUUAAAGAAUGACUUGGGAGUGGCACAUCUGCUUCUGGGUGACAACAAGGGUGCAAAACGUAUAUAUGAGGAGGUUUUAGCUCAUGCCCCACAUGAUGGAUUUGCUAAAGUGCAUUACGGGUUCAUACUUAAAUCCGAAAACAAGAUUGAGGAGAGCAUACCGUACCUCAGAGAGGGUUUGGAGUCUGGAGAGCCAGGAACUGAUGACGGAAGGUUUUACUUUCAUCUCGGAGAUGCUNNNUGCAUGUUUUUAGGCUAUGACUGGUAUGAGGCUGGACAUCAGCGAGGUCACUUUGCGUCUGUAUGGCAGAGAUCACUGUAUAAUGUCCCAGGGCUUCGUGCUCAACCCUGGUGGACAGCUGAGGAGACUGGAUAUACAGCUUUAGUCAAGACAUUGGAACGGAACUGGUUGACCAUUAAAGAUGAAGCACUGUCAGUGUUAGACGGCAACAGUGGACAGUUCCUGCCCGAAGAUGAAAAUCUGAGAGAGACGGGAGACUGGGGCCAGUUUACACUGUGGCAGCAGGGUCGAAAGGUUGCUGCUUCAUGUCAGUACGUCCCUAAAACCUGUGGUUUGCUGGAACGUUAUGCAGAGGCCACAAGCUGCAAAAGAGGCCAGAUAAAAUUUUCAGUAAUGCAAGCUGGUACUCAUGUAUGGCCUCACACUGGUCCCACCAACUGUCGUCUACGAAUGCAUUUAGGCCUCGUCAUCCCUUCUAAGGGAUGCAGGAUCCGUUGUACAAACCAAACCAGGGAGUGGGAGGAAGGAAAAGUGUUAAUAUUUGACGACUCUUUCGAACAUGAAGUCUGGCAGGAAGCAGAAAGCUACAGACUCAUCUUCAUUGUGGAUGUCUGGCAUCCGGAGCUCACCCAAGUACAGAGGCAGACUCUGUCACCAAUAUAGAUGACUUGUUCAGAAAGUUUUGAGAAGUAGGUCAACCGCCAAUCGAAGUGACAGAUU